AUGGAGAGCAGUCCACUGAGACGCCACUUCAAGUCGGUGUUCCCGAACCAUGUCGGCCAUCCGGGUUUGUCUGCGGUGCUUGAGAUUUCAGCGAUUUUUCGACAUUAUGACACGCUCCGAGGGCAGUUCACAUGCACGCUGAAGGAGGAUGAAGUGCUGUACGAGACGCUGCAGCUGCAGAUGAACGAGUAUUUCAGCAACGAGCUGACAUGCUGCAUUGCCCCACGGGUGAAAAGACACGGUGUCUAUGCGGCUCAGCUGAAUGGUUGUUGGAAACGUGUGCGUGUUGACCGUGUCGACUACGACACACGCCAGUGCUCCGUGGAAAGCGUGGACGAUGGACAACUGGUCACAGUGUGUGCCAGCGAGCUGUUUGUGCUGGAGCCGGCCUUCAUCACCAACCAGUAUAAGCGCACUUUUGCGGUGCAUUUCGUGAUGCCACGUAAACCGAAACGAAAAUGUCUUGCCGCAGCUGGAUUCGUGGAUGGGCACGAGCUGAACAGUGGACAGUUCGUGAAUGUCUUCGUAUUUUCCGAUCGUGAGCCAUUCCUGGCGCUUCUCACGAAACGAAAAUGUCUUGCCGCAGCCGGAUUCGUGGAUGGGCACGAGCUGAACAGUGGACAGUUCGUGAAUGUCUUCGUAUUUUCCGAUCGUGAGCCAUUCCUGGCGCUCCUCACGUUUGUAAGAAUUCAGGCGGAGAAGCUGGUGGACGACAUGGAUUCCGGAAGCGCACGGCUUUGGGCAGCGACAAUGUCUGGCGAGAAGAUGCGGUGUCGCGGAGUUGCGUUCGGCUCGUACACGUUGGCCAAUCUGCCAUGCGACGUUUGGUGCGACGUAACAGUUGCAGCAUUUGAAAGUCUCGAGGACGUCCAAGUUCGUGGGCCCGGUUCGUGCAGCAUUUUAAUCUGCUCAAAACCAAUGGUGAUUUUUCGGAAACUCUUUGAAAAUUUCCCGGAAAAAUCGGCGAGUAAUUACAAAUAA